GACAAGAUAAGAUUGUGAAAUAUAAACACUUGUCCUCAUCACAUUUCAUAGCGGACUUGGUUUCAACUUCACUUCCUCUGAACCUUGGAGUUUUGUUUCACUUAUAUUUGCCAUUUCAUAUUUUCAAUCUCACUUGAGAGUUGCAGUUUUUAAAUACAGAAAUGUUACAUUUCAUAAGAUCUUUUGGAAUAAUGUAUUCACUUUGCCCUCACACAUGAUACGUGCACUCGUUUCUGAGGUAUUAUUAGAACUACACGAACUGAAAGAGCCAGUCCAACAACAUUAGUUCACAUGCUUGUCAUUCAAGAGAUGUUUAUUAGAUUAAAGGUUUAAGGGGAUUUUUCAUCCUCUUGGUGGCUGCUGAUACCUGCAUCACAGAAGAGUGAACUUGUUGCAAUAAAAGACGUCGCAAUAUUUAGAAUUUCAUCUUGACACAACGAGGUUCCAUAUGUUAUGACAGGUCAUCGACAAUCACUGUUGCAGGUGAAUGAAAUGACGUCAUCUGAAAUGAGUGACGAUGACAUGGAAUGUGAAGAUGAUGCCAUCCUGGACAUUGACGAUUCCUUAGAAAAAGAACAAACAGUCGGACUAGAUUAUUCACCUCUAGGUAACCGGAUCAAUGGUCAAGAACUUCCUUUGAACCCUACAGAUAGAGAAAAACAGACAAAAGCUAAUAGUGGUAACAAGCGGCUACUUAGGACGCCUAAAUGUGCACGAUGCCGUAACCAUGGAGUUGUCUCCUGUUUGAAAGGACACAAAAGAUACUGCAGAUGGCGCGAUUGUCAAUGUGCUAAUUGUCUGUUGGUUGUAGAGAGACAGCGGAUCAUGGCGGCACAAGUCGCUCUGAGAAGACAUCAAGCCAGUGAGAUGACAAGUGCUCUUAAAGCUAAAGUCAAAUCAGCAGCCACAUUGCUGCAACAGAGAAAGAUGCUGCAGAGAAAUCUAAGAAGCCUUCAGCAACAUUCUUUUUCCAGGGAGAUUCUAUCCAACUAUCGUUCUCGGCUCCAUGCUUUGCCUCCACCGGAAGUGGUCAAAUCUAUGUCUCCAUUUGUCAACGAACGUAUGAGGAAACGUCGCUGCUUCGCGGACAAAGAGCUUGAGAUGGUGAUGUUAGAGCGAGAGAGGCGAGCAGAGAUGACCUACCACACUACACAUCCCAACAGCUUGCUGGCCAGGACACCACAGCAAACGCUGACUCCUCUGAAGAUGAACGAACCUAGAAUGUUGAUAGACAACAUGAACCCCAGAGAGCUGCUACAGAGGGUUUUCCCGAACCACAACCCAAGUGUCCUUGAACUCGUAUGGCAAGGAUGUGGUGGCCAGUUGGAAAGGGCGAUAGAGCAACUUGCUUCGGGCAUCACGUCCUGGGUUCUUUCUGGCUCAGUACAGCAGCAGCAUGUACCCUCUCCGGCACACUUUGCACCAUCCCAAACCACACCACCGCCAGCCCCACCGACGUAUUUUGCAAACCCUACGGUCAACAUGUCCAAACUAUUCAAUAUGUACCCAUUCAUUUUCCCAAGUUAUUUUCUCACGUCUGCUGUACCAAGCAGAAAUGAAAGCCACACAACAGAAUCUGACGAUGAAACCUCCAGUGACCUCUGCAUUGCGGAUGAGACACGACCCGCGGUUUCACCGUCAACAUCAUCGACAGAAAAGUCUGCCACUUAUCAAGCGUUCGAAUCCUCCCCACCUUCUGGUCCAGUGGAUGAGAUUAACACACCGAAGCCAAAAUAUGUUAGGCAGAACUUGAAUAACGCCAUGUUAAAUUGUAAAACUUACAGAUCUUUCAGCGAAGGAAGUGACGUUGAAAGCGACGCCCCAAAUCUUCCUGUCAAUCAUAGAACAACUGUUGGUCAAUGUGACCCUGACAAAAAGACUAUUACAGGUGAUCCUCAAAGGUCCAAGCACAAAACUUCACUUUUGAAAUUUUCCGUAGAGGCUAUCAUGAGCAGAACGUGACAAAUUGGCAGCUGAUUCAGAAUAGUGAUUUGUAGGGAAAAUAUUUUAACAGUGAUAUAUUGACAACUCAUUUUGAACAGUGACAUAUUAAAAGCUCAUUCUAAACAGUGACAUAUUGACAGCUCAUUCUGAACGUGACAUAUUGACAGCUUAUUCUAAACAGUGACAUAUUGACAGUUCAUUCUAAACAGUGACAUAUUGACAGCUCAUUCUGAACAGUGACAUAUUAAAAUUUCAUUAUGAACAGUGACAUAUUAAAAUUUCAUUAUGAACAGUGACAUAUUGACAGCUCAUUCUGAUCAGUGACAUAUUGACAACUCAUUCUGAACAGUGACACAUGACGAGACAUAUUACAACUAAUUCUGAACACUUAGUGAUAGAGAUAUUUAAUCAGGAAACAUUUGUUGUCUGCCCAGUGAUUUUUAUUAAAAAGCCAAUGAUGGAAAUAAAUGAAUAUGAACCAAACGAUAUAACAAUUAUUGCUUUGGCUUACUAGUUACCACAGACCAUUCAAUUUGUUUUUUCAACAUCUGUCAUUAUUUUUAUUGUGUUACUGUGUUAGCGUAAAUUAUACGUCAAAAGUUCUCUUUUUUUUCGCAUUUUCUAGAUCACUCAACCAUGGAACUAUUUUCUAGAUCACUCAACCAUGGAACUAUUUUCUAGAUCACUCAACCAUGGAACUAUUUUCUAGAUCACUCAACCAUGGAACUAUUUUCUAGAUCACUCAACCAUGGAACUAUUUUCUAGAUCACUCAACCAUGGAACUAUUUUCUAGAUCACUCAACCAUGGAACUAUUUUCUAGAUCACUCAACCAUGGAACUAUUUUCUAGAUCACUCAACCAUGGAACUAUUUUCUAGAUCACUCAAACAUGGAACUAUUUUCUAGAUCACUCAACCAUGAAACUAUUUUCUAGAUCACUCAACUAUUUUUAAAAAGAAAAAUACAUAUAUUAUAGAUUUUAGUCUAAAAAAGUUGGAAUCAUUAUUAAGCAUGCCAUUGGUUAACAGAAAAAACACAAAAAAACAUUCAUUUUGAAUGUAUGCAAACUGUCAACAAUCAUCAAAGGAAACAAAUUCUCAAAUUCAUCGGAUGAUUAAUACGUGUGUCGCGGCAAAGCAACUGUUGAAGUAAUCAGUUGUAGAUUUUUUUGAGAUACCCCAUACUGUGUUGUCUUAAAGAAUUAUUUAUCCACUUAAUUAUUUUGAACAUUGACAAUAAUCUAUCUCUAAAAGUUACUUUUUUUUUUGAGUUAAAGAAUUCUGUUAUGAAUAUUUAAAAAUCGUGCUGAUUGAAACAUCGGUUGAUACAUUGGACAUUUUGCCGUGUUUAAAUAGAUUCGUCUCUAUGUUAAAAGUAUUUUGAAGAAACGUUGAAUGUCCAUGAAGCUAGUUGCUAACAUUUGUGUAUUGUCCUUGUAGACUGUAGUCCUUGCUUGUGUAGAAAGAGAGAAUAAAACAUGAA